CUUCUAGACGUCCUUGCUGGUCGAAAAGAUCCGCGCUUUUUAUCAGGACAAGUGCUAGUGGAUGGUGUUCCUCAACCGAAGAAUUUCAAAUGUAUAUCAGGCUAUGUAGUUCAGGAUGAUAUCGUGAUGGGAACUUUAACGGUGCGAGAGAACCUUCAUUUCUCCGCUGCUCUUCGUAUGACUGUGCGAUGUUCAAAGGCCGAGAGACGCCGAAAGGUGGAUGAAAUUAUCGAAGAACUUGGACUUACCAGUGUAGCUGACAGCAAGAUUGGAACCGACUUGAUACGAGGAGUGUCUGGUGGAGAACGUAAACGUACCAACAUUGGGAUGGAGUUGAUCACCGACCCUCCUGUAUUAUUUCUGGAUGAGCCCACUACAGGUUUGGAUGCUUUCAUGGCCGGACAAGUGAUUAAAACACUGAAA